AUGCUCUUCUCCUUGUCGCUGAUCUCGGGCGUGCUUGCAGGGCUCACUGCGGUCCGUGGGCAAUCGGUCAUCGUGCCCGGUGCCCUUUGGACCGACACCAGUGGCAACUCCCUACAGGGCCACGGAGCGGGAAUCAUCAAGGUCGGGAGCACUUACUAUUGGCUUGGAGAGGACAAGUCGCACAACAGUGCCCUGUUCAAGGCAGUCUCCUGCUACACCUCAACAGACCUGGUGAGCUGGUCGCGCCAGAAUGACGCCCUGACGCCGAUCGACAACACGAUGAUCUCCUCAAGCAAUAUCGUGGAGAGGCCAAAGGUCAUUUUCAACAGCAAGAACAAUGAAUACGUCAUGUGGUUCCACUCCGAUACGUCGAACUAUGGUGCGGCCGAAGUAGGUGUCGCCACCGCGCAGACUCCAUGUGGACCAUACACGUACAAGGCCAGCUGGAAGCCGCUCGGCGCUGACUCGCGGGAUGAGGGGUUGUUCCAGGACGACGAUGGCAAUGCGUAUCUGUUGUAUGCAUCCGACAACAACCAAAACUUCAAGAUAACGCAGCUGGAUGCCGAUUACUACAACGUCACGACCACUGUAAGCCAGUUGAACGGUGCGACGCUCGAGGCACCCGGCAUCGUCAAACGGGAUGGGGUUUACUGGUUGAUCGCCUCCCACACUAGUGGCUGGGAUCCGAAUCCGAACAAGGCUUUCCAGGCAACGUCUCUCUCCGGCAAUUGGUCAUCGCAAGUGGAUAUUGCCCCAGAAAGUGUCCGAACCUACUAUUCUCAGAAUGCAUACGACCUGCCUCUAGGGUCAAACGCUAUCUACAUGGGUGACCGCUGGCGCUCGGACCUGCUUGGGUCAAGCUCGUACAUAUGGUACCCGCUCGACUUUUCUAGUGGCACACCUACGCUUGUGGCUGCUGAUAUUUGGAGCGUGAACCUUACGGCUGGUACUUGGUCCGUAGCUUCUGGCACCGCGUAUGAGGCCGAGAAUGGCUCAAGGAAUGGUUCGUCAACCAUUCUGUCCGACUCCUCGUUCUCAGGAGGCGAGGCAGUGGGUUUCCUGGGUAACGGUGGUAGCGUGUCGAUUACUGUGCAGGGCAAGGGUACUACCCAGUGGGUUUCGCUGUACUACGCAAAUGCCGAUGCCACUUGGAGGAACACGACCGUCAGUGUGAACGGCGGCUCGCCCGUCUGGGUCGAACAGCCAAACACCGGUGGCGGCAGUGUCGUCCUCAGCGUGCCAGUGCAGCUCACCUUGAAUUCGGGUUCGAAUACCAUUACUUUUGGUGCAGGUCAAAGCAACUACGCUGCGGACCUUGACAAGAUCAUCGUCUACUGA